UUAAAUAAGUUCUAAAAUAUUAAGAGUGAAAAAAGAGAGAAUGGUGUUACUUGGUAUAUUUGCUUUGUUGGCAAUAUUAGCACUCGUUUUAUUCUUGAAACUAAUGUUUUCUUGGUGGAUUUCACCAAUUCAAAGAUAUCGUAAGUUUCAAAGAUGUGGAUUUCAAGGGCCACCCCCACAUUUUCCAUUUGGAAAUAUUAAAGAGAUGAAAAAGAAGAAUGGUGUUGAUUCUUCAUUUGAGUCCUCAAUGCUUACUCAUGAUAUACACUCCACUGUGUUCCCCUAUUUUUCUCGGUGGCAAAAAUCUCAUGGGAAGGUUUUUAUCUAUUGGCUAGGGACAGAACCUUUUCUAUACAUUGCUAAUCCAGAAUUCUUGAAGAAAAUGUCUAACGAAGUUAUAGCAAAGAGAUGGGGAAAACCAAAUGUGUUUAGAAAUGAUAGAGAGCCUAUGUUUGGAAAGGGUUUAGUGAUGGCUGAAGGCAAUGAAUGGGUUCAUCAUCGUCAUGUUAUAGCCCCAACAUUUUCUCCUCUUAACUUGAAGGCAACGUCAAGCAUGAUGGUAGAAUCUACAAAGCAAAUGAUGGAUAGAUGGAUUACCCGAAUCAACUCCGGAAACCCCGAAAUUGAUAUCGAAAGAGAGAUCAUCGCAACCGCAGGAGAAAUCAUUGCAAGAAUAAGCUUUGGUUUAAAAGAUGAAAAUGCAAGAAAAAUUUGUGAAAAGUUACGUACCCUACAAAUGGCACUUUUCAAGACAACAAGAUAUGUAGGUGUUCCAUAUAUCAAGUGCAUUGAUAUGAAAAAAACCAUAGAGGCAAAAAAACUUGGGAAAGAGAUAGAUAAGCUUUUGCUUUGUGUAAUCGAAACUCGAAAGGAAUCAAGAGAAAAAAAGCAUGGUAGAGAAGAUUUGUUGGAUUUGUUGUUGAAUGAAAAUCAAGUUGAUGGAAAGUAUGGGAAAAGAUUGAGUACAAAACAAUUGGUGGAUGAGUGCAAGACAUUUUUCUUUGCAGGCCAUGAGACAACAGCAUUGGCUAUAUCUUGGACUUUAAUGCUUUUAGCUAUGCAUGAAGAUUGGCAAAAUCAAUUGAGAGAUGAGAUAAGAGAAGUUGUUGGUGAUAAAGAAGUUGAUAUCAAUGUGCUUUCUGGGUUGAAAAAGAUGAAGUGGGUGAUGAAUGAAGUUCUUAGGCUCUACCCAACUGCACCAAAUGUUCAAAGGCAAGCUAGAGAAGACAUUCAAGUUGACAAUUUAACAAUUCCCAAUGGGACUAACAUGUGGAUCGAUGUUGUUGCGAUGCACCACGACUCAUCGUUGUGGGGAGAAAAUGUGAAUGAGUUUCGACCAGAGAGGUUCAUGGACGAUGUAAAUGGUGGAUGCAACCAAAACAUGGGAUACUUACCUUUUGGGUUUGGAGGAAGAAUGUGUGUUGGUAGAAACUUGAGCUUUAUGGAAUAUAAGAUAGUGCUAACCCUUCUUCUCUCUAGGUUUAGUUUUAAAAUCUCCCCAAAUUAUAUACAUUCACCUUCUAUAAUGCUCUCACUAAGGCCAGCUUAUGGACUUCCUUUAAUGGUUCAGCCCCUUUAA